GUCUUUUUCAAUCAAAUAUCAUCCAAAUACGCGUCUUUCUUACCUUUAUCAUCAAAUCCACAUAUAUCAAUCAACCCUUUUUUCAAUAUGCCUCACAACGCCCGCCGUCCUGCUGCUUUGCAAGCCCGUACAAAGACUCCUACCCUGCACCUCAGUCUCCCCAAACUACCUGUUCCAGAAGUUCCGGAUAAUGGAGAGGAUCUGGUCAAUGAUGAGAUGGAGGAGCAGGUGAAUGAGGAGGAUAUAGAGACUCAGUCUGAGGAUCCUCAAUAUCCGCGAAUCCCUACACCUGAGUCUGACAUCUCAUACAGAUUGUAUGAACAGGUGAUUAUCAAUGAGAUAAAGGAUUCUGUCAAGAUCAAAUACCAGACUGUCUCAGCAAAUGAUUCAACUAUCAGCUUCUUUCAUAUUCAAUAUACUGCAGAAAAGAUGGCUGAGGAGUAUAUUACAAAGCAGAUCUGUAAGGAGAUGAAAGUUGUAGAUUAUACAGCUGUUAUCACAUCAUACAAAUGUGAAUUUCAGGCCAACAAAAUCACCAUUAAGAAGGAGAAGGAUUGAAAGAAGAUAAUUAAUCUUUUGAAGAAGUUGUAUAAGAAGAAGAUAAGUGAUCUUAUCAUUGAAGUCAUCUCUUCUUUCAAUCUUCUUGAUAUCUCAAUACUAUCUUUAAACACAUCUGUAAUACACAGUUCUGCAGCUUUUAUUGAAGUGCCAGAU